GGUUCUGAAUAUAAAGUGUGCACAAUUAACCUGUCCCGUAGGCCUGUUUUUUUCUUCUGACGCCUAUUUAAUAAUAAUUUUAUUUUAACGGGGAGCUGCUCGCAUCAAAAUGAGCCUCUUUCGCACCUAUUUUGGAUAUCUUCUGGCUGGUCUGAUGGUGAAGUGCUUCGACUUCCAAACUAUCCAAACAUCACCUUCUUAUAUCAGACUUUAGACACGAAGAUUUGUUUGUGCAGAUAACAAACACUGAGACGCGGUUAUGCAAAUAUUUAUCACUUUGUGUGAAGGAAUAGAAGCGCUUAUUUUCGAGGCAAAAUGUGGGCAUUUUUUUUAAGUUCACAGUGGGUAAACUUUUGGAUUUUUUAGUUUAAAAUGACUCCGUUGAAUUGUUGCUUCGUGAGAUAGCUAUCGAAUUGUUGCCACUCUGUGUUGAUAGUAAAAUUGUUGAAGAUUUCAAUUGUUUUGUCCUGCAAGUGCAAUGUUGAGUUUAAAAAAUAUCUGAUGAUAUUGAUUUAAUAACCUUUCGCUGGAUUGUCUCAGAUUUCAAUACAAUUUUGUAAGUUUGCUGACUUUGGCAUUUUAAGCAAUUGUGCAUUCAGCACAGAGAUGGUCAUAUCUCCCAGACGGUCUCGACGGACGACGCUGGCCUAACAAAACCAUUCGUUGUGUGUGAGUUCGAGUCUCAAUUCGAGAAAGGCAAGUCCGUCCCAUUUGCGUUUUUGUGCAAAUGAGAAAAUAGCUAUUAAAGAUCAUAACGCUUUUGGAGAAAUUUCGCUCCUGUAUGUUUUUUUAAUCAAAACCAUCAACAGAAUUUGAUGCUGCAAUGGCAGAUAAACACUUUUGCGUCAUAAAACAUGCAUAAACAGCAAAAUUUGAUUAAAUUAUGUUGAAAAACAUUAGCUGGGACUCGUAUGCCAUUACUUUUACGAUACCUAGCCAAAAUGAUAGCAAGUCAGUCACAUAGCCACCUAUGACCGGUGAUGAAAAAUAAACUAUCAGCAUAACGAUUUGUCAAUUGAACGAACGGUUGAAAAUGUCCGGACUGGAGUUAAUCAAGUUUUAUGCCAGUUCUGAUGAAAGUUCCGAUGAAGAAAUCACUUCUAGAACCGUACAACCCACGCCAGCCUCUGUAACUCAAAGAGAGCCCAGGUUGGAUGCUCGUGGACCGCUCCGCAUAGAGGACAUGACGGAUUCGGAAGAUGAAAUGAUGACGAGGAAGAGGACUAAGAAAGAACAGCUAGCGGCUCAGGCUGCCAAGAAACGGCGUAUAAGUCACGCAGUGAAACUAGUUGAUUGUAACUGUAAAAGGAAGUGCUUCACGAGGCUUUCUAAGGAUGAGAGAUCUGACGAGAAUACAUUUUUUUGAAACGUAAGCAUGGAUGAGCAUACAUCGUUUAUUCGGGAAAGGGUACAGCAAGUUCCUGUACGUAGGCGCAAACGGAACACCUACUCUGGUCAAGAAGCAAUGAAGCAGCAUAGCUAUUUAUUCAGCCUUAAGUCGUCUGGUGGUGAGCUUGUUUCGGUGUGCCGGAAGUUUUUCUUAAAUACACUGGGGUAUGGAGAUGGUUGUGGAAAUCUUAUCUACCGAGCCUUUGCAGUUAAUCCUGAUGGAGCAGUAGUCUCGAAGCGUGGCAAGCAUGAACGGGAUUUGUCCGAGCGUGAUGCAGUUAGAGCACACAUUCAGUAUGGCGAUACAGUUUCCGACGACGGCGCAAUGAAACGAUGUUUUUUGUUUACAAAGAAACAAAUGAAGGAGAUAAAUGCGGAAGGUUUUUCACUAGAGAAAAAUCUGACCUAUCAGAAAGCUCCAAAUGGAGUUGACCCAGAUCGGAAAGGGGCUACGCUGAAGGUUAUUCAACCGGUGAUAAGUGUCGAGAAAAAACUUUUCUGGUAUAAUCUACCAGAGCAAAAAUCUUACUAAUUGAUAAAUACUUCGCCAAGAAACCAAUUUAGCAGCACAAAACGCGUUGUUUAUUUAAAAAAAACG